UAACUCGACUUUUGUAACUGACAUUGACAUUCUCGCAUCAGUAAACAAAUUUUGUGAAUUUUUUUUUUAAAUAAAUUUUAUGCAUUUCUUUUAUCAAAACGAGGUGAUAGGUUGUUAAAAAUGCAUAUUAGCUGUUGUGCUAGUAUAUCCUGAAAUUGAAAUUCAAUCAAGCAAAAUCGAAAGCCAUUGCAUUAACAUUGUUAGUUUUAAGGCUCAUCAUUUGCUGAAUUUAGGAAAAAAUGGGAGUUGUAUUAGCGAAAUUUAGGAAGCAAAAAACGACCUAUCAAAUUCUGGAGAAAUUGGAGGAAGACAUAAAGGAGGCCGAAGCGUUAACAAUCAGUACGAAAGAGAAGCAACGGCGAUUUAUUGUCAAUUUGUAUCUGGUAUCAAUCGGUCUGUUGGUUAUUGGUUGUCUGCUUUACUAUUUCUACUUUCUACCGCCCACAUGGAGCAAACGAAUCGUGUACACAAUCCCUCUGCUAGCAGCGUCCGUUUUCGUGAUCUGUCUAGGCCGAUUAGGAUCGUGGUUUUUCCAAAAGCGACUGAACAAAAACUCUACCAACUUAACGAAGUUGCGUGAAGAAAAGAAAAAGAUAAUCGAAAAAGUCAUGGACACAGAAACGUAUAAGGUUGCCAUUGAAUUACUUAAUCGAUUCGGUGAUAAAACGAACGACCUUAAAGUCCAAUCUAAUACCGGAGGUAAAAGGGCACUCAAGCCUCCGCAUAAUCAUUCCAAUAACAUUCCUAAACCAUUUCCAGCAAUAACACAGUCACCCGUUCCAUCCACACUGAAUAACAGAAAUUUAACACAAGCACGAAACCGUAUCGGUCAAUCCCCUCAAGUCAAUACAUUGGAUAGAACGAACUUUCCAAGCACACCGUUGGGUGUCGCCCCUAAAACUCCCAUAUCAAACAAUCCUAGCCGUGCAUACGUUUCACCGUACAGUACACCAUCAUCAAACUAUCAACUUCAGUAUCGUACGCAGGUGAAAACCCCAUUUCCGAUCAUUAAUCAAAAUGAGAAAAAGUUUUUCGACAAAAUAUUGGAUUUUCUAAUGGGAGAAGGUCAGAGCAGUCUGUAUGGAAUGGUUUGCAAGGAAUGUUACGGACAUAAUGGAAUGGUUUCGCUCGAAGAAUACGAAUACAGUGCAUUCCGGUGUGCAUUUUGUAAAGUACUUAAUCCGGCCAAGAAAAUCCGGCCCAAAGCUCCAGCACUUUCGAUCGAAAAUAUCGGCUCGACGAUCCAGUCUAGCAGUUCAACGUCAUCGUCCGAUAAGGAUUCUGGAUCCGAAACAGAAGAAAAAAGCAACAGUUUGAUGACUGGAUCGCUUCCGCUCAGUGGUGCUGAGGAUGUGUCACAUCAACAAGUGUCUGGAUCGGAGUCGAACGUUGAACCAUCCGUCGACGAUGAUAAUGUACAGCCAUCACAGUUAAGCGAAGAAAAAUUGGAUGAAAAUGUGGAGGAGAAAUCUGCGAUUGAUAAAAAAACCGACUGAACGUGUGAUGACGUUUUGGUUGGGGAAAUUUUUCAAUUAACAAAAACAAAUCAAAUAAUUUGAUAAGCAAUGAAGUAAAAAGUGCCCGACUGUGGUUCAAUAAUUUUUUUUAAAUUUUCUUCUCCGAUAAAAUAGUUAAUCGAAUCAACGAAAAUUCAGUCAAACAUUCACCCAACUUUUAGUUAGUUACUUUUUGGACAUAUUUUGGAGUUUGUACUUUUGUGUUUCGUUGUUGUUUUUAGGAGACCAAACGUAAAUGUAAAUAGCAAUUAACUUGUAAAUUUAGUGAGAGAGAGAAAAAACAUAUGAAUUCAAUGGCUCACGUUGAAUAUCGCGUUUCAUCCCAGUCAUCAGAGUAAGCAUACUUUACCCUUUCAUUCGAUACCGUUUGAUGGUUAAGUGAACUUUCAUUUUUAGUAUUUAUGUAAUAAAACAUUAAAACCUUUCAUCCUUCUUCUAUUGCUUUAUAAUUUUAACAAUAAAAUGUAAUUAAUAAAUUCGUUGCAAUUAUU